AUGAGCCGAGACAAGGCCGCACAAUAUGCUAGUAGCUUGCAAAGGAAUAUCUCGCUCUACUUUCCUUUCCUGGCCUACUACCAAAUUUCGUACUACAAGUCGGAACUGUUUGACGCCACUGCGAUUGGCAGACUUGUGCAGAUUGGAUUUCCGGCAGAGCUGGAGGAGUCUUUGGGCGACUCCUUGUCUGGGGCGCAGCUGACUUUCAAAGCUUUGGUGUCAACAGCUUUGAUUGCUGCUGACCCUGAUGGACUCUCGCCUCGUUCGAGUUGGUUGAUCGCCAACUCACAGGCAGAUGACUGGUUGAGUUGCCACCUCAGAACGAUUUCUCAGUUGAUCUUGGAAGCAUUGCUGGUUGAUGCUUUGGAAUGCCUUUCAUUGGGUCCUUUAUGGUCCUUUACCUUACCAUUUGGGUGGUGGCUUUUUUCUGGUACUGAAGGCCUGGAUUGGCAAAAGGAGCUGGAGUGCACGCGCUUCCGACAGUUUUGCUGGCCAGUCUUCGGAGUAUUUUGCCUGCAGUUCGUAGGCGAUGCCAGUUUUCUCGGCCUUGAACAGUUGUCCACUUUGCCUGGUGGAGCAGAGCUCUUUUGGCUUUUGGAUAGGCUUCAAUGCACAUCUAUAGUCGAUAUCGUUCUGCAACCUCAUCAAUUCUGGAUGGGAGCUGACAAUGUUGGAAUGCGGAACGACGUGAAGAUCAACUACCAGCUAUUUGUCUUCCCCUACAGGGAAUUGGUAUCGGAUUUUGUCCGGGCUCGCAAAGUACCUUAUUGCAAUGAAUCAAUCCUGCGUGUGGUACAAACUUUGGCUCGACGGUUGCACCGAACGAGAGCUUCUGCAGUUCAUGUGGUUGAGAUCGGCGCAAAUCUUGGCGACUGCUCUGUAUGGCUUGCAAAACGUAUGCAGGCAGUUCCAGGUCUUCGUCGUAUCAAGGUUCUGGCUUUAGAAGCAGUUCCUGCAGCCGCAGCAGUUUUUCAAAAGUCUGUGGAGUGGAACAAUUUGACCGACGUGAUUCAGGUUGUGAAUGUCGCAGCAGGACAGCUGAGGGGAGCUGUAAAUCUCCAAGCAAAGCCAAUGAGUUCAAACUCAUAUACAGUGGCUGAGGGCUCCUCGCCAGAUUUCGCAACAAUGGAAACAAGAGCGUUGGACGACAUAACUCCUUUCUCCAACAUCAACCUCAUAGUCAGCCAUACCAACGGGCAAGAACUGUCUAUCCUUCGUGGAGCCAUGCGCAUUCUCCGCAAGUCUCCGCAAAUCAUCAUUGUUUUGCAGUUGUACGGACCUGAAUCUGGCGUCAUCCGCGACCCUACUUACGAUCCAUGUCGUCCAGUUAGGUGGCUGGUACACAGAGGCUUCGAGAUUUACCUCUCACACCGGAAAGGUCUGCGACUUGAGGCUCCAGGAGUGCUGCGCCGCUAUUUUGCAGAAGGCCAACAAGUUGUGAACGUCAUUGCAGUGCGAAAACACUGGAGGCGUCUUUUGAGCGAACCUCCGGUGAUGCAAAAGCCACGGACAUGUUUGGACUUAUCAAAGGGGGAGCGUCCAAACAGUUGGGCCGAGGUUGAUGGCCGGGUAUUGAGGGAAAAUCUGCACAUUGUUCGGAUCUACUUAGAAACGCACUUUGCAGAAGCUCCACCAAUUGGAGCUGUUUUGAAGGCAAAUGCUUAUGGACACGGUGCAGUAUUGGCAGGCAGAGUCCUAGCUUCAGCCAAGAUCGAUGCACUUUUUGUGUCAGAAGUUGAGACUGGGUUGAUUUUGCGCAUGGCCCCGGAAGUGCCCAUGUUUUUGCCGAUGAUCUUGCUGUAUCGAUCUCCCGGGAUGGCCACGAUGUGCAAACUGGCUUCUGCAAACAUUACCGUCUCUGUCCUGUCCAUGGCUUGGCUCCAACAGGCGCUUCGAUGGCCAUCUUGCAGCUCGAAAGUAAGGCUUCACAUCAUGGUGGAUACUGGCCUAAAUCGAGAAGGUUUGGCAGCCCAGGAGGUCGCUGAAGCGGCAACGAUGGUUUUGCAAAAGUGGCCGGGCUGGUCUCUGGAUGGCGUCUACACCCAUUGGUGCUGCGUGUACGACCCUGUUGAGAUGCAUCGUUCACUUGCAGUAUUUGAACAUGCGCUGGGACUUGUGCAGGAAGUCAGGAAAACUUUUGGAGGAGAUGCCGGAAAUCAGCCACUAACAGUCCAUACUUCAAGCAGCUCAAGCAUUCUUUUUGGAGUGCACUACGAUCUGCUGAGAAUUGGUGGUUUACUAUUUGGAGAUCCUGUGGCAAUUUCGGAUGGUGCCGGGGGGACAAUGCGCUUGCCAGGACCACAUCGAACUCUUCUGUGGAAAAGCAAGAUAACUACAAUGCGCUGGUCAGUGCCUGGAGAGCGCUUCUCCAGAUGCACAGCCAACUAUGGUUGUGAACGCGGACCAGUUUUCGAAAAAAGAAUGUUGCUGGGGACGAUUCCGGUAGGUGCAUAUGAGUUCAGCGAUUCCAACAUCGUGAGUAGUCACUUUCGAGAGAAGCUGAAUUUGAUCGAGAAGUCCACGGAUGCCAUCUUGGUAGAAAUUCCUAGUACUUCGCGAACCUUUCACCAAGCAUUUGAAGGUAUGGAGGUGCUCCUAUGCGCUGAAAGCUGUGUGCAGGGGCUGUUCAAUGUUCCAGAGCAUGUGCCGCGAAUACUCGUGCAAGAUCCGACCGGGCCACAGUACGCCCCAUCUGGAGAUAACUUCUACCCCGUUGAGUUGAACGGAGCGAUCUUCGACUCCUUCAAUCUGCGGGUUGUCUUCGAAAGGGACAAGACGGGCUUUGAAGAGAGCAAGGAAUUUCCAAUCCGCACAAACACAGUGGUUGCUGCGAGGUAUCAGAUCAUUGAAUAUCUCGGUUCCGCCGCGUUUUCUCGAGCUGUGCAGUGUUUGGACUUGGACACUAACAAGAUGGUUUGCAUGAAGAUCAUCAAGAAUGACAAGGACUUUUUUGAUCAAUCACUGGACGAAAUCAAGCUCUUGAAGUACAUCAAUGUAAAUGGCAACGUUGAUCACAACCAUGUUUUGCGCCUCUACGACCACUUCUAUCACAAGGAGCAUUUGAUUAUUGUGACCGAACUGCUCCGCGACAAUUUGUAUGAAUUUAGCAAAUACAACAGAGAAUGUGGCGACGAACCUUAUUUUACUAUGGGUCGCCUACAAAAGAUCUCAAAGCAGAUUUUGACCGCUCUGGAGUAUGUUCAUUCUUUACGACUCAUACACUGUGACUUAAAGCCAGAGAAUAUUUUGAUCAAGUCGUACAGCAGGUGUGAGGUCAAGGUCAUAGACUUUGGCUCUUCUUGCUUCGUGGACGACCACCUCUCUUCGUACGUGCAGUCAAGGUCAUACCGUGCACCGGAGGUGAUGCUGGGUCUUCCGUACGACCAGAAGAUUGACCUUUGGUCCUUGGGCUGUAUCAUUGCAGAACUUUGGACGGGCAGUUGUACCAAGAAAUUGAAGGGCAGCCUUGCCCAGAACGUGGACGUGCCAAAGAAGACGUCACUUCGCCAGCGCAUGCGCAUCAUUCUCAAUGAAAUUUCCAGUUCCUGUCCGACCCGAAUCCCGGACUUCACAGAGGAUGCAGAGAUGCUGUCGUGGGCCGGAGUUGGACUUGGCGAGGCCGAAUCGUUCCAGGUCAUGUGCUCUUUGCGGAAUCUGGCUGCAAAGGAAAAAGACGGCCUGAACAAGCUAAGAUUCUGGGGCAAGGUUCUGGGAACAGAGGCGGACUACUAUGUUGCGGAGGCACAGCGAGAUGGUGGCGGAGAUGAGCCAGACCCUGACGCAGAUCAACCUGGUCAGGGUGCAAACCAAUUCACGUACUAUGUGACCAAUGAUUUGGCGGGAGAGUGGCGCAAACUUCCAGACAUAAAGCCAAAUCAGAUCGUUGCAGCACGGGCGAUCAAGAGGCUGCUGACAGGAAAUGCAGGAUCCAAGGUAAUUACACAUCCUUUCUUUGAUGGGAAAGAAGAGGUGUACCUCCGAGCACAGAUUGCCCGGAUCGCUGCAGACACGGUCCUUUGCCCCAAGGGCUUCUUGAAGAAGGAGGAUGAGGAGUCACCAGUUGAGCAGAACGAGGAGUUUGUUUGCCCGCCUUCAUCCGACCUCCAGAAGAAGGAGGCAAAGCUGAAACCGUGUGAAACCAACGAUGUGAAUCUU